GCAAAAUUAUUGAAUAAACAUCCAUUGUGGGCUAUUUUGUCACCUAAUACUGUUGCUCAGAAUAAGACUUUGGAAUCAUUUGUAUAUGAUUAUGUUAAGAACAUUGUUGCAAGUGCACAAAAUCGUGCUAGUAAAAGCUAUGAAGGAACAGUCAGUGACCAAUCAUCAAUACAAAAUGCAACAAAGAAUGAUGAGAUGCUACUUAAAAUGGGAGAUAAGUUUAUGACAGCAGGAACUGAAGAUAAGCAAAAAUGUCAAAAACCAGCAAUAUUAAAAACUGGACAAAUCAAACAAUAUCCUGAAGUCAGUCACCUCAAGGCAGACAAUCAGGAUGAGAAGAAAGGGGGAAAGUCAAGAGGCAUUCGUUGUGGUAGACAAAAGAGGAAAGCUGGAAGUGACAGCAAUAAACGCUUUCAGAAGCAAGUUAAAGCUCUUUGGCAGUAUUUUUCUUCCUGGGAGGACUACCAAAAGAGCGACUUGCUUGUCGAACUUCUCAAAGAGUGUGACAAAAGCCUUCUGCAGUUUUACACGCAGUGUUUGUUACAAAGGUUGAAGGAUCGUAAUGAUAUCAACUGCCUGCCAGACAAACUACUGCUUUACAUAUUCUCGUUCUUGCCAGCCAGUGCUAUCAAUGUUGCGGGCAGGGUUUGUAGACGAUGGCAUUUCAUUGCAGCACAAGAUGUGCUCUGGAUUAUCAAGUGUAAAGAAAUUGGUCAGAAAAAGGCAAUUCCAGACCUUGAUAGAUUAGUGGAAGAGUCAAUGGACAGUUUUGGAAUAGAUUGGAGAGAGGCUUACUGUGAACUGAAGACGAUUGUAGGGAAUUUGAAAAUGACUUACUAUCACUCAUUAG